AUGAGCUUUCAGGUAUGUCACUGUGGUUGGUCAAAAACGACCACUUACCAGGGCCUGAGAAUUCACCAGGGAAAGAAGGGAUGCACACCGAAGGGAAUGAGCAUCCCUGAGUAUGAUCAGUUCAUGUUUAACACAUACAAACCUGCACUUACCUACUCAGGACUUUCAAUCAAAGCUGGAGAAGUUAGAUCUCCUAAUGGAGCAUUUCUGGACUUUCAAACAGACACAAGAGACUUCCCCAAAGAGACGUUCUUACCGCGCCUGGCGAUUGACCAAGGCAGGAUGGAAAGCACUCUAAGGGAGAUUACAAUGGAGAGCGAAUCAUCCAUCUUUAAAAAUCAGUUGCAAGAAUCUCAUCAAAAGAACAGUGGACCAAUUAAGGAGGAGUGGGUGCCAAUGUCACCAGACCUCACCACCCAAAUAGACAGAGACGCUGCAGACGCUGCAGUAAUAGGGAUGUUCACAUCAUUAUGGGGGGCUCAGCAGCGCUCUCUUCAAACGGCCCAAAACUCGGACAACACUCAUCCAGCACAUGAUUUCCCCACUGGUUGGCAGCCCUUCUCGAUGCCAAUGUCACAAAAUCUCAGCACCCAAAUGAACCCUGCAGCUACAGAUGCCUCAGUAAAGGAGAUGAACAAACCAUUCUUUGAAACUCAACAACACUCUGAUAAAACUGCUGCCAACUUGGACAAAACUCAUCAAAUGUCUGAUUUCACCAGCACAGCACAGCCUCUCUUGAUGACAGUCUCACAGGACCACAGCACCCAGAUGAAUCCUGCAGAAGCCACCUUUAAGGAGACAAACAAAACACUUUUUGAGAGCCCACAGCACUCCCAUCAAAGUGCCAACGGCUUGGACAAAGCUCGUGGAACAAUUCAUUUCUCCAAUGAUUCACAGCCCGUCUCGAUGCCAAUGUCACAACAUCUCAGCACCCAAAUGAACCCUGCAGCUACAGAUGUCUCAGUAAAGGAGAUGAACAAACCAUUCACUGAAACUCCACAACGCUCUGAUAAAACUGCCGCCAACUUGGACAAAGGUCAUCAAAUGUCUGAUUUCUCCACCAGUGCAAAGUCUCUCUCAAUGCCAGUCUCACAGGACUACAGCACCCAAAAGAAUCCUGCAGAAGCCACCUUUAAGGAGACAAACAAAUCACUUUUUAAGACCCCAGAACGCUCUCAUCAAAGUGCCGACAGCUCGGACAAAGCUCGUCGAGCGCUUGAUUUCUCCACUGUUGCACCGCAGAUACAGCAGAGUCCUCAUUUGUUUGGCGGUCAGGCUGUGAAGCAAAACCAGCUUCAUCCUGUGGACCAAAUUAUCAAGGAGCUACCAACAACGAAAGCUCAGGGAACAGCAGUACAACCAAAGGAGAAAGAAAAAGAAAAAGAAAAGGAGGCUCAAAAACGACUAAAGGUAAAACAAGACAAAACCAGAGCUGACUUACAGCAGAAAGUUCAGAUGAGAGAGCAAAAGGUGGCUGAAGUCAGAUCGUCUAUGAAAGCCUGCACGGGCAGCUUGGAUGCUGAGUGGCUGGAGAUUAACAAUGUGUUCUUAGAGGUGAUGAGAGCUGUGGAGGAUACUAGGCAGAAAGCCCUUCAACCUCUGGAGGAGAGGAGGAUGAGAGUAAAGAAAGAAGCUCAAGAUUUGGUCAAGAAUCUGCAAAGAGAAAUUGAUGAGCUCAAAAAGACGAUCGAUGAGUUGGGUAAAAACCCAAACUUGCAGGUUUCUGCUCUAACAUGUCUGGAUGAGUAUAUAGAUUGGAAACAUUUAACUGUGGACACUUCUUACUCCUUCGGUACCCUGAGAACUACAACUUCGGCCAUGAUGGAACAAAUUCACCAGAGACUAGAAAACCUCUCCUCUGUUGAACUAAAGAGGAUCCCUACAUUUGCAGUGGAUGUGAAGCUGGACCCCACUUCUGCACACCGAUGUCUUCUCCUUUCUUCAGACGGGAAGAAAGUACGAGAUGGAGGAAAGACCCAACCAGCCCCUGAUGCUCCAAAUAGGUUUGAUCCGUUUGGCAGCAUCUUGGGGCUCAAUAGGCUGACCACUGGGAAGUCAUACUGGGAGGUGGAGGUCAGCAACAAGACAGGGUGGGACCUGGGUGUAGCAAGAGGCAAAGCAAACCGCAAAGGGGAACUCUCGCUGAUCCCAGAUAAGGGUUACUGGGUAAUUGUACAUUACGAAGGCAAAAACUAUGCAGCUCUCACAGCACCAGCAGUUCCUCUUACCCUGAAAGACAAACCUCAUAGGGUGGGGGUGUUUGUGGAUUACGAGGAACGUCUUGUGUCCUUUUACAAUGUGACAGCUCAAUCUCACAUCUACUCGUUUACUAAGUGUUCGUUCAGGGAUGAACUCUUCCCAUAUUUCAGUCCACAUCUCAUGCAAAAUGAUAAAAACGGGGAUCCGCUGAUUAUCUCUGCUGUGCAAAAGCAGAAGUAA